AUGAGGCAACCGGCAACCGGACCAACCCCAAAUUGGGGCAACUGCAACCGAAAAAAAGACUGGACCAUGGUCCGGUUCAGUUCGGUCCACCGGUUUUUUGCGGUCCUAUGGACUGAACCUUUAAACACUACUUUGGAUGGGCUUUGGGUUGCUGAAGGUCUCUAUGAUAGUGCAGUCGAGAUAAAUGACAGUAUUUUAUUCAACAAUUCUGAUGGGAAAGCAACUCUUCACAUUCUUGUUAGUUCUUUUGAGCCUGGGAUUUCCUUUUCCUCUAUUGCUCCUUCCCAUGCUCGUUCACUCCAAGGUGGAUCUGUUCCGUCUACCUCUCGUUCUUCCACACCUGUUCGUUCCCACUCUCACACACAUUCCAUAUCUACAUCUGGGGACAUCCAAACUGGCAGAGUUGAGCCAUUAGCUGCUGAAGCAGUUACAACUGCAGAUGCUGAGGAUACUUCUUUCACUGCAUAUGAAAUGAGUCUUCUCCAUAUUCUCAAGGUUUCGAUGAACCAUACACGUACGGCAGCUGCCAAGUCACUCCCAGAGCAAUAUCUUUGCUAUCUUGCUGUUACCAAAGCUCUUAAUGACAUGCACCACGUCAAGCAGUGGCCUGAAAAACCACCUACCGAGAAGCAGGUUACUGAGCUUUUUAUUGGAAAAAGCCAGUGGAGCAAUGUUUGGCAUCCAACCUUCAGUAGAGUUUCUCAGCACUUUCCAGAAAUGGUCAAGUGGCUGCAAGGUGAUGCUGACAGCAAGGACACAAUGGAGCUUUAG